ACUCAGAAUGAUCGGCUGUGGCAUUUUGUCUCAAUUCUUUUCUAGCCCUUAGUCGUUGAAUGGGCAUUGCCCCAAACCAGCUGAGUCUUAACUGAACUUCAAAGAUUCUAGGGGAGAGAAUAAGGCUGACAACAUCACCCUUGUGCUGCCCCUGGCUCUCCGAGAACAAGGACGAGCAACAACACCCUGUAGCCACAGGUCCUGAUGGCAUCCCACCCUGAUUUGUACCAGAUUCCAGCUGGGAAACUGGAUGCUUUUGUGGCUCAGAAUCUCCAACCAGAUGUGGAGUGGAAGGAAGAGGUUGAGAAUGUCUUUAAGAGGAUCGAGGGGUUCCUGAGAGCCCAGUGCUUCCACACCCAGAUCUUCUUGGAUCGAGAGGUUAGGGUGAAGAAGGUGGUCAAGGGAGGCUCUGUCGGGAAAGGGACAACCCUAAACCAUGGCUCUGAUGUGGACCUGGUCAUCUUCCUGAGCUGUUUCUCCAGCUUCCAAGAGCAAAUCAAGCUCCGAGGUCACAUCGUCACACAUAUGGAGGAGAGGCUCACCAGGUGUCGUGAGAGCCUGGCCUUCGACAUUCAGAGAAUUACUGUGAGACAGUCACGGCGUCCAGGCGCAACUCCUCCUCGAUUCCUGUCCUUCUACAUCCAGGCGAGGAGGAUGAGUGAGCCUAUUAAAGUGAAUGUGCUGCCAGCCUUCGAUGCCCUGGGAAAUCUUGCCCCAAAUGAGAGGCCACCUUCAGAGGUCUAUGAAAAUCUAAUAAAGAGUGGAAGCAAGGCUGGCGAGUUCUCUUCGUCCUUCACUGAAUUGCAGAGGAAUUUUUUCAAGCACAGGCCAGCCAAGGUGAAGAUCCUCCUUCGGCUGGUGAAGCAUUGGUAUCUGAAGAAAGUGAAAGCUAAGUACCCCCGAACCUUUCUGCCCCCCAAAUAUGCCCUGGAACUGCUGACCAUUUAUGCUUGGGAGACCGGAACUCAGAAAGCCGAGAACUUCAACACUGAAGAAGGCUUCGUGACUGUGAUGGAGCUGCUCCGGGAUUAUGAAAACAUAUGCAUCUAUUGGACCACAAAUUACAACUUUGAAAACACCAUCAUUCGAGACUUUGUGAAACAGAAACUAAAGAAAAAUAGACCCAUUCUCUUGGACCCAGCGGACCCUACCAACAACGUGGGAGAGGGAAAGAGAUGGGAUGUGGUGGCCCAGGAGGCUGCCCACUGCCUGAAGCAGGACUGCUGCUAUAAUAAGAAUGAUGAAGAAAUCCAAAGCUGGGAUGUCCAGGGAGCCAGAAAUAUUCAGGUGGUCCUGAGACAGUCUAACUGGAAAGACUGGAGGCUCUGGGUGAACCCCUACGACCCAAGCUGGAAGAUGAAAGAGGAAAUCAGACAGUACCGAGUACUCACAGGUCAGCUACGUCUGUCCUUCCAGGAUCCAAGUGGUGAAAGGCGGCUCCUCAGAGGGAGUGACACAUUAGCCCAACAUGGGAUCUUCUACCGAAUUGUUGUCUACCUACUGGAAACCUUCAGACCUGAGAUCCAGAUCUUUGUUAAGGGUCCUGACAACCACACCAACGUUUUCGCUGCUGACCCUGAUAACUACAUCCAGGACUUGAAGGAGAAGAUUGAAGAGGCAAGGGGACUCCCAGCAAAGUCCCAGCUCCUAGAGUUCCAAGGUCAAAGACUUCAUGAUUACAAGAGCCUCAGAGAUUAUGGAAUCCAGGACAGUGACACCAUCAUCAUGAGUAAACGCUGACCUCCAAAGAACUGAGAGAAAUGAUUAUUUCCCUCAUAUUAAUAAUCAAUUAUUGAAUCAGCACCACGAUUUUUUACUUCCUGAUUUCCUUAUUUAGAAACCAGAAACCUGUAGGUUGUUCAGUUGCUGAAGGACAUCAUUGAUGGAUGAGAUUGCCCAAAUCCCCAUCCCUAAGAUACAGGCUUUUCAAUCUUGUGUGGGAAUCUCCACUCAACUAGAAAGCCUUACAAAGGAUUUAAUCUAAGGCAAAUUUCAACCCAUUGUGUUCCAAUGGCAGGCUCAGGUGGAGGGGUAGAUCCUUUGUCUAGAUUGCCCGAGACUGGGGGUGGUCUGGGAGCAAGAAUGGUCAAAGUCAUGUCCCCCACCCCCUCGUCAGCAUAGGUGCACCUCUUAUUAAUUGUUAACCAAUCAGAGUUGAUUGUUGCCUGUCAAGAACAGCCACUCUUCCAAGGACAUAUAAGCACUGAGAGGCCUGCAUGAAUGGUCUUUUAGCUUCAAGAGUGCCACUGACACCCUUUUAUUAAUUAUCCACUAGCAAUAAUUAAUAAAAAUGAUUAAUUACCCAGAAGCUAUGUCUCUGUGAAAAAUACAUCACAGAACACUGCCGCUUCAGAACAAGAAGAAGACCUGGGUAACUCCAAUGAAUCCCAGAGAUGGUUGUAGAGAAGGAAGCAAGUCAUCUUCCCACUAUUAUUCCAAUAAUAAUGAUUAUCAGAUUAUUAACUAUUAUCAAUAAUAACCAUUAUUGAUAAGUUAUUAAUAAGUUAAUAAUAUUUUAAUAAUUAUUCUAAUACUAUUUUAUUAUUCCAAUAACAACCAGAGAAAACUUUAUUCAAUUGUGGAAAUUGGGAGAAAACCUUAUUGUGUUGUUUGAACCUAACCCUGUGUAUCUGGGAAGCUGGACCAUCUCUACUAGUUGCUUAGAGACCCUUAACUGAGGACCUAGGUUAUGCUGAUCAGAAACCCAGUCAGAUCCAAAGAUCAAUGCAAGGAGUUUUCUCACAAUUAUAUAUCUCAAGCAAUUCAUAUGCCUUAUCUGAAAACUAGACCUGCUCUGGUUAAACAGUACUGUUUCAACAUUGCUUUGAUUGAAUACAGAUAUUUGGGGCAAUGGAACAUGUCUUACUCUGAUGUCAGAGAAUUGUACCUGUUCUCUCUCCCCCUCACAACUUGGAAAAUCCUUAAUCUUUCCUCCAAUUACUAGUCAGACUAACUAAUUUUCUAUCCUGGUUAAUUAUUUUAUUUUAAUUAAUUGUUCUUAUUUGAUUAAUUGUUUUUAAUGCAUAAAAAUCUGUCUCCCCCUGUACUGGGAGUCCAGUGCCAAAGCUGAGGAAGGUUACUGGUCCUGAUUUGUUAUGCAAGUGACAUUCGUUGCUUAA